AUGUUCAUUUUAACUACCAUCUCCGAUCUGAUCCAGAUUGCGCCCCAGGACUUCUCCAAGUUCAGUGCGGUAGCGAUAGAGGACAACAUUAAUGAAAAAUAUGCCAAUAAAGUAAUCCAAAAGAUUGGCCUUUGCAUCAGCUUUUAUGAUUUGCUUGAAUCUUCAGAUGGUCUGAUUGGUCAUGGGACUGGUCUUGUCAAUGUUAAUGUCAAAUUCCGGAUAAUCGUGUUUCGUCCGUUCAAGGGUGAGAUCAUGCUGGGUAAGAUUGCCAGUGGUACUGAGCUCGGAAUCAAAAUUGGGGUAGAAUUCUUCAACGACAUCCUCAUCCCACCUGAGCUGCUUCUUCCCGGCGCAAAAUUUGACUACUCGGACCAAGUUUGGACUUGGGAUAAUGACGACGGCACCACAUUGUACUUUGAUGUGGGAGAACUUGUCCGCUUCCGUGUCGAGGUAGAAGAAUGGCACGAUCAGAUCCCCAAUGGACCGGACAAUGACCAGACUGUCACAGAACGAAAGGCCCCCUACUCGAUCAUCGGAUCGAUGCAAAUGGGUGGCCUGGGUCCGAUUACUUGGUGGUGA